AAAACAAAAACAAAAGCAAGGGGUAAGAAAAAACAAAAACGUGAAAACGAUCCGAACAUCUGGCUGGAUUCAGCACUACGGACAGAGUCAGCCGCUACAAAAGGCGUUUUCUCUUCUCGAGGCGCGUCGAUGCGCAGUCAAAGCGCGCACAGCUGCAGCCUCGAAGCCACACCGGGACGCUCCAGGUUGCGUUUUGCACUGUUUUUUUUUUUUUUUUUUUUUUUUUUUUCCUCUCCUCCUUGGCUGGAAGGAUCAGCGGAGAGGAUCGUCCUUUCUCGGCUGGUUAUGGAUUUCCUGAAGGGCAUCGGUGAUCUCGCAGGCCGUCACGUGUUCUAAGAGCGGACGCGCGUGUUUCUGGACACCUGGCACCAUCGCUCCCAUUUUGGUCAAUAUUAAUAAGGCUUCCCCAGUAUGCGCUCAAAUCUCCUGGGAAAUAAACUCAAACCCACCCGCCUUUGACUUGCACGGGCUGAUGUCUCAUCUGCAAGGUGUCUUGACCUGACAGAAAAGCCAAAUGGAGUCUCUCCUGGUUUAUCUGAUAGUCCUUGGUGUGGCUGUGAAGGCGCACAAAGUUCAGAUCUGCCCCAAACGAUGCGUCUGUCAGGUGCUUAAUCCCAACCUGGCAACCCUGUGUGACAAAAAGGGGCUUCUUUUUGUGCCACCAAACAUUGACAGACACACAGUAGAGAUGCGUCUUGGAGAUAAUUUUGUAACUAGCAUAAAACGCAAAGAUUUUGCCAACAUGACUAAGCUGGUGGACCUGACUCUAUCUCGGAACACUAUUGGCUCCAUUGCGCCCCACGCCUUCAAAGACCUAGAGAAUCUACGAGCCCUUCACCUUGACAGCAACCGGCUGACUCGUAUCACCGACGACACUUUCAGCGGGAUGUCCAAGCUGCACCACCUCAUCCUGAAUAACAACCAGCUCACCCAUAUCCAGAUUGGGGCCUUCAACGACCUGACGGCCCUGGAAGAGCUUGACCUAUCCUACAACAACCUGGAAAGCGCCCCAUGGGUGGCCAUCCAAAGGAUGUCCAAUCUCCACACGCUUAAUUUGGACCACAACAUGCUCAGCUACAUCCCAGAGGGAACCUUUUCUGGACUGCAGAAGCUCAAGAGGUUGGACGUGACCUCCAACAAGCUCCAGAAGCUUCCACCAGACCCCAUUUUCCAAAGGGCAGGGGUGCUGGCUACCUCAGGAAUAAUGGGCUCCUCCUUGUUUGCCCUGAGCUUCGGGGGAAACCCACUGAGGUGCAACUGUGAGCUGCUCUGGCUGCGGAGGCUCCGGCGGGAGGAUGAUCUGGAGACCUGUGCCUCACCACAGCACCUUGCUGGACGAUAUUUCUGGACUGUUUCAGAGGAAGAGUUCCUGUGUGAGCCUCCACUCAUCACCAGGCACUCUCAGGAACUACACGCUUUAGAGGGCCAGAGUGUGACUCUGCGAUGUAAGGCCAGGGGUGACCCAGAUCCCAUUAUCCACUGGAUUGCCCCUGAUGGACGCCUCAUGUCCAAUUCCUCCAGGGCUAUGGUCCAUACUGAUGGCACGCUGGACAUCCUCAUCAACACGGUCAAGGACUCUGGUUCCUUCACUUGCGUUGCGUCUAAUCCGGCGGGUGAGGCCCAGCAGAUGGUGAAGUUGGUUAUUGCUAAACUCCCACAUAUCACCAACAGCACUAUCAUAGAGCAGGAGCCUGACCCUGGAUCAUCAGAUAUUGCAACAGUAACCAAGACGGGGGCGGAUCCUGGAGGCGUGCCUCUGGGGAACGCCAAGACGGGUCAGGAGAAGAAAGUAGUGAUUGCAGAGGCAACUUCUACGUCUGCCUUGGUCAAAUUCAACUUCCAGAGGAGUAUUCCUGGAAUCCGCAUGUUCCAAAUCCAAUACAACGGCACCUAUGAUGAUUCGCUUGUAUACAGAAUGAUACCUCCGAGCAGUAAGAGCAUCCUGGUGAACAACCUGGCCGCCGGUACGCACUACGACCUGUGUGUGCUGGCCAUCUACGACGACCAGGUGACCUCGCUGACGGCCACCAGGGUGAUCGGCUGCAUCCAUUUCACCACUGAGCCGCAGUACCUGCGAUGCCAUUUCAUGCAGUCCCAGUUCCUUGGCGGCACUAUCGUGGUUAUUAUCGGAGGGAUCAUCGUGGCCUCGGUGCUCGCUUUUAUCAUAUUUCUCAUCGUGCGCUACCGGGUGUGCAGCCAAGGCGAUGUCGAUAAGGCUCUGGAGAUGGGUGACAUUCGUUCCCUGAGCAGUGAUGGGCAGCUCCAAGGCUGUGGGAUACCCAAGUCCCUGUCCAAGCAGGUCUUGCGACCAGAAAAAAACAAGGACUGCCUCAGAGUCACCCUUCCACCCCCAGAGCCAGCCAAGCAGCGACCUCCUGCUGUGGUCGCUACCACCAAGCCUUCCAUCCCUGACUGCACUGUCUCUACCUCUGCUGCCAGCCACAGCUGGCACCCUGCUUCUCCCGGCGCUCCGAGGCCCAAACACUUCGUUGCACCCCAAAAACCUUUGGAAGCCCAUCGACCUGAAGCUAAAUCGGACAUCGACUUUGAUAACGUAAAUCGUAAUAACUCAUCUGAGGGUAAAACGGCCGCCGCUGCCACUCUGGCUCUACUUGGCCAACCCACUAAAUGGACUGCUGCUCCCAAGGGUCCUCGCCCCCUCCAGGCCCCUCGCUAUUACAUGACUGUGCCUGCAGGGGGCGUGAGAGUGAGCCGCAGGCACUCCUUUAACGCAGACUCUUAUAAAGAACGCUGCUACGUGGCCUGUCCCAAAACUGGGGCCAGUCUGCGCUCGAAACGGAGCCUGUCAAUGAGCGGAGAGCUGCCGCAGCUGGAGACCGCGACAAACAUUCACCGGGCCGCCCGGGACAAGCUCUCCAGGUCCGAGUGGCUCCUGGAGAGCACUUUAUGAUUUAGACUGUUUUCCUGGAUGUGAAACCGACAGGGAUUUUACACCUUGUUUAGCGCUUUUGCGCUCGCUAUCGAGGGAUUUGUAAGCUUCCCUCAUAUAGUUGGCGCCAAGGCAAGACGCAC